AUGGAGUCGCAAAAACAGUUAUCGAAGCGGACUCAGUUCUUCAGAGUGACUUCAAUCGGGAUGGUGGCACAUGCCAUCAAGACUCAGGGCGCAGGAUUUAUCUAUCGGCAGGUGCUUCCGCCUCUCAUCAUGAACUCGUUCAUCGGAUCGGUGUUGUAUACGACUUAUAUCUUUACGCUGCCGGUCUUCCAUCCGGCGUUUACGUAUCAGAAAUCGAGGACGUUCCCGCCACCACCGUUCCCGGCGGUUUUCAUGGCAGGUGCGCUUGCGGGCGGAGCUCAGUCGCUGAUCGCGGCGCCGAUGGAUUCGUUGAAGGUGAAGUUCCAGGUGCAGGAUUUGGCGCAUGGUGGGAAACAUAAGAGUAUGUCUUCUUUUGCGGUUACAACGUUGAAGGAGAUGGGAGUCAAGACUGUCUACCGCGGGUUUGCCCUCACCCUUGUUAAGGAUUCGUUGGCAUGUGGGUUGUUCUUUGGAGUGUUCGAAUGGGUCAAGCAACAGGGAUACUAUUACUUCAUUGACGAGUUGUACGGGAUUCGGGAAGACAUGGAGAUCCUUAAAGUCAAGGCCCUCAUGCACGUUUUGCCCCAAGACUGCCUGACCCCAGGUCACCCGGGUUACGCGAGAAUUGGAGCUGCAGCCGCGGUGGCCUACCAGGCUGUCGAUUACCCACUCAAGCAGGUCAAAUCGAUCUUUUAUGCAAAAGAAGCCGCCCUCCAAGCCGAGACUCAAAGGAACGCCCCCGCGGCACAUACCCAACACCUCAAUUCGUCGUCCAUGCGAUCGGGGACUUCGAUAUCCUCACAGUUAUACUCCAUGACGUGGCAAGAAUGUCGUUCCCAGGCCCAAUCGUCUGGAGGAUGGCGUCGUUUCCUGUAUGCCAAUUUCGCCUGGACAGCUAUCCGUGCUGUACCUGCGGCGAGUGUAGGGUUCUUGGUAUUUGAGUUGAUGAAACGGAAAUUAGAUGCGCGGAGGUAUGAGAGUGAGGAUCGGGAGAUGGAGUCGUAUUUGGAUCAGAUGAUGGCUGAACGCGAUGCGGAGCGGAGGGCAGAGUGGAUUUUGGCGAGGGAGAUGGAGGAGAGAGAAAGGAUAGAGGGGAGGGGGGGUGGGGGUGGAGGUGAUGUGAGGAGGUGA